CUUCAUAUACCUGUAAAUGCAGUUUAUUCAUGCACAAUUAUUGGACAUAUAAGUUUCAAGUUAAUGUUGAAUCUUUGGAAAUAGGAAACUGAUAGCAUCUAGAAUUUUAAGGAAAUACAAAUAAUUUAAGAAAAUAGCCUUCCCCAUAUUGCAUUGUAAGUUAAGUCUUAACUUUAAGAAAAAUUGUGUAUGUAUACAUUCAUGCAAUAUAUUGUCGCAUUGGGACCACACUAUUUAGAGGGAGUGAAUAUUCUCAUAUUUAGUUGGUUUUGGUAGUCAUUUUUGAAACUACAUUAAGAGAAACUUUUGAACAUUAAAAAUUCUUGAACUAAGAACUUUUUAAUUCAUGCUUUAGAUAUUAGUGAACAUUGUAAUAUUACCUUGGCAUUAGUAUCUGCCUUAGUAGUGGAAGUGAAACCUGUUUGUUAUUUUGCAGUCAUUGGCUCUGGCAAUCAUCAGAACUGGCAUCAAGGCCAAUUGGCAGCUCGAGGCCAAUACAUUAAGAUAAACUUUCAGAAUUCAGGCAAUGCAAAUAAGCGGGUUCUUUCCAUGCAGUCAAGUCGGAGAUUAUUUAUAUCCAUCAGAGAGCAGCUUUUCAGGAUUUUAUAUUUAAAAAUUUUUGUAUAGUGCAAAAUUCAACCGGUGUUGCUACUGGGUGUGAGGAAAAGCAAAAGAGAUGUGGGGAUGGCAGACCAGACUACCUAACAAUCCCUUUUCUUGAUCUCUUUACUCUAACCUCUCUAAAGAUAGUAGGGAUGUGGGAUUUUACAUUUCCUUUCAGGAAUCAACCGAGAGAGAAAUAAUUGUCAAGGGAUAACCGCUUUCAAAGUGCAGUACUGUACUGUUGCAUCACAGUAACAUCCGUUUUCCAGAAGAUGCACUACAAAAAUGACCUACAUGUAAAAUACAACGUACUUUUUCCCCUGCAAUGUAAAUGCCGGACACGGCUUUUUCGCCACCUUUCCUUGACUUCGGUCCCCUAGGGUUCCUCCCCCAGCUGGAGCCAUGGAUCUGCUGGGGUGCGGAAGGUCCCGGAGGGGAGAUGCCCACCUUCAAGUCCCCACACCCAACUUGGCUCCGCCCCCUCCUGAGGAGGGCUGGCCGCGGGACCGUGCGCGCGCUUGUUUUCUCGCGCGCGUACCGGCCUUUUCCCUCCAGCCCAGCCCAGCCGGGGCGCCGCGAGGGGGCGGAGUAGGGUGUGGUGGGCGCGCUCGGGCGGUUCCUGCGCGUUCCCGUUUAGGCAGCGGCGGCGGCGGCUUGAUUCCCGUUGCCGAGUCUCACAUCCGGGUUCUGGCGGUGACCCAGCUGCGGCCGCCGCGGAGAUGUGACCCGUCAGUACGGCAAAUAUGGCGGAGCCGUCUGUUGAGUCUUCAAGUCCAGGAGGUUCAGCAACAUCAGAUGACCAUGAAUUUGAUCCAUCAGCUGACAUGCUGGUUCAUGAUUUUGAUGAUGAACGAACAUUAGAAGAGGAAGAAAUGAUGGAAGGAGAAACAAACUUCAGUUCUGAAAUAGAGGAUCUUGCAAGGGAAGGUGACAUGCCAAUUCAUGAACUUCUCAGCCUUUAUGGUUAUGAUAGUACUGUUCGACUACCUGAAGAAGAUGAAGAGGAAGAAGAAGAGGAGGAAGAAGGUGAAGAUGAUGAAGAUGCUGAUAAUGAUGACAACAGUGGCUGUAGUGGGGAAAAUAAAGAAGAGAAUAUAAAGGAUUCAUCAGGUCAAGAGGAUGAAACUCAAUCUUCCAAUGAUGAUCCAUCACAAUCUGUUGCUUCCCAAGAUGCCCAGGAAAUAAUCCGUCCACGUCGAUGUAAAUAUUUUGAUACAAAUAGUGAAAUAGAAGAAGAAUCCGAGGAAGAUGAAGAUUAUAUUCCAUCAGAAGAUUGGAAAAAGGAGAUUAUGGUGGGCUCCAUGUUCCAAGCAGAGAUUCCAAUUGGCAUUUGUAGAUACAGAGAAAAUGAAAAAGUAUAUGAAAAUGAUGAUCAGCUCUUGUGGGACCCUGAGUAUUUACCAGAAGAUAAAGUGAUUGCAUUUCUUAAGGAUGCAUCUAGAAGAACAGGUGAUGAGAAGGGUGUAGAAGCAAUUCCUGAAGGAUCUCACAUAAAAGACAAUGAACAGGCUUUGUAUGAGUUGGUUAAAUGCAAUUUUGAUACAGAAGAGGCAUUGAGAAGAUUAAGAUUUAAUGUAAAAGCAGCUAGAGAGGAAUUAUCUGUUUGGACAGAGGAAGAGUGUAGAAAUUUUGAACAAGGACUGAAGGCCUAUGGGAAGGAUUUUCAUUUGAUUCAGGCUAAUAAAGUCCGAACAAGGUCAGUUGGUGAAUGUGUAGCAUUCUAUUACAUGUGGAAAAAAUCUGAACGUUACGAUUUCUUUGCUCAGCAAACACGAUUUGGAAAAAAGAAAUAUAAUCUUCAUCCUGGUGUAACGGAUUACAUGGAUCGCCUUCUAGAUGAAAGUGAAAGCGCUGCUUCUAGUCGUGCACCAUCCCCUCCUCCAACUGCCUCAAACAGUAGUAACAGCCAGUCUGAGAAAGAAGAUGGCGCGCUAAGCAACAGUAAUCAAAAUGGGGUGUCAUCUAAUGGACCAGGUGAAAUAUUAAGCAAAGAAGAAGCAAAAGUUGAAGGGUUACACAUUAAUGGACCAACAGGUGGAAAUAAGAAACCACUUCACACAGAUAUGGACACUAACGGUUAUGAAACAGAUAACCUCACCACUGACCCAAAACUUGCCCAUAUGACUGCAAGAAGUGAAAAUGAUUUUGAUGAAAAAAGUGAGAGACCUGCCAAAAGGCGAAGGGUGAACAGCAAUGGAAAAGAAAGUCCAGGUUCUUCUGAAUUUUUCCAAGAAGUAAUAUCACAUGGAAAAUUUGAAGAACUUGAAAACAUAGAUGACUAAAUUUUAGACCUAUUUUACUUUCUUUGGAGUAAAUUCUGGUGUGACUAAAAUUUUCAGGGUUGAUGGGUUACCUUAAAAGUUGAUUUCCUUGAAGGAAUUGGUGAAAAUUUGACAAUUUGAAUUUCAUAAUUCCACAUUUUGCAGAUUUUUUACUUUAAAACUGUCAAAGAUCCUUUUAAGGCUAUAACAGAUAGGUUAAUAAAUUUGAACUAAAGGUAUUUCAGUACCUUCACAUUUGAUGUAUUAAUCAUAUUGUAAAAUGCCACUACAAGGUACAUAACGCUUAGUUUGAUGGAGGAGGAAAAAAAUCAAGUUCAAAUUUCUGCUGAAUACCUAUUUUUCUGAGUUUCUUAAAAUGUCUUUAUCUUUUUAAGACAGACAUUUUUCUCUCCAUACAAAUUGAGUAUCAUUAUUAAGGAAACCCUUAUGAAUCCUGAAAGUUAUGCUAGCAUGAUUUUUUAUAUAUAGAAGUUUAAAAAUAAACCAAGUCAGGUUUGUAUAUGUAAAAUUGUUGACAUCAAUGAUGUCUUUCCAUAUCCUUAUCUGGGCUUAAGAAAUACAUUCUGUAUUUUUCCAGAUUCUUUGUAGCCUUUGAAAGAUUUUUACAGUACAUAUGUCUUGACUGAGCUGUCCUUUCUUAAUACAAAAGCUUGUAUAAUUUUCUUAAUUUGUACAGUUGGUAAACUUUUAUGAGAGGAAUUGAUAUUCUGAGUCUGUCAGCUUUCAUUUUAUUUUGGUAAGGUUUUUCUAAUGAAUUUUUAAGUGUGUGGUAACUAAGUCAUGUUUCUUAUCCAGGUGGUAAAAGCAUUCUUAAAGGAUUGUGAAAAUUUGUUGGCUUUUUUUUUUUUUCCAAAUUUCUACUUAAGGACAAAUAGUUUGAAAAUUCUGAAAUUGCACAGUUUGUUUUGCAUUUGCUGUUAUUUUUGAAGCAAAACAAAAGUUUAUUGUCAGCUUAAGUGCUUAAUUGCAUCAUGCUGACCAGAAUCCAGUUCAGUUAUUUUUAUAUACAUUAUAAAAUUUCCCAUUUUUGCAUUAAAUAAACAGAGGGGAAAAGGUCAAAUGAUAUUUAGUGCAAAAUUCUUAGUGAAAACAUAGUUUUAUACAGCUGAUAGACCAACCUAUAUCCAAACUUUUGUAAAAGAUUAUUAACUAUCUUUUUUCUUAUCACAGGCAUACUCCAAAUGCUUCUAUUGAUUUUCAGUCGUCAGUUCAAGAGCCAAUGCCUUUUUAAAAUCUUCUGUAGUCUGCUUUUAAUGGCUCAACUGUAUAAUGGAAUUUAGUAGAGGUCUGCACUGAGAAAUUAUGGUUUAGGCCUUAUCCCCAUGAAGUAUUACUGUUAACAUAUGUUCAAACUACUUCCCUUCUCCAAUGUGAACCCCCCCCCCCCAACAGUGUUACAAGCCAUUUUACAACACUUGACUUUAUGUAAGGUACCUUCAUUGUUCUUACAUACAUAUCCAAGUAAAUCAAAAUUUUGGGUGGAAGUGGUGAUAAGCCUGAGUUUUAUGUUGUUUUGUGUUGUUUUACUUAAAACAUUAAUUUAUCCAGAAUGGCAGUAGCUUACGCAGAUGGUCACAAUCCAUUUUCUAAAUCAGAUUUUAUUAAAUGAAGUCCAGAGCAUCCUAGCUCUUCAUCAAAGAUGGUCUAUAGAAAUGUUUCAAAAGAAUGGUGGUGCUGUACUUUUUAAAUUGUUGCAAUAUUAGAGAUGCCAUUUUCACCUUUUUAAAAAGAUGCAUAUUGUUUGCAGAUUUAUGAAGUUCUUGCAAACUAAUAUUACAGGAAUGUUUUAAGUAAAUUUCUCAAGUAUGUUUGCAAUUAUGGCACAUGUAUAAAUGUUUUUGGAAUUUUCCUUUUCUUAAUCUUCUCUUUUUAAAGUAUUCCUAAGGAAAGACUUUCCACUAAAAUAUAUAAUGCUCAGCUUUUUUUGUGAAGAAAUACUUAAUUGUAUUUUGUGUUUAAUAUAAAGGUAUUUCACACAGUACUUUGUAUUUCAUAAUGUAGCCACUAUAACUUGAUAAGUCAUUGCACUACUAAAAUUUUAGUAAUAUCAUGAAUUUAAUUUGCUUAAUAUUUAGUACAUUUCAGAACUCUUGACAAAUUGCAUUGGGAAAAGAAGCCUUUGUUAAUAGUUGCUUAGUCUCCCCCACCCCACCCCAGCAAAGCACUAUCAUUUUCAUUUGGAAUGGUAUUCUGUUUCAUGAUGUGUUUUCAAAUAGAGUUCAGAAUCUGCAACUCAGUUCAACACAAUUUAAAAUUACAAAUUAGGUGUUUUUAAAUUUAUUCAUAGUAAUUUUGCACUGUAAAAUAAUUCCCAUUUCCCAUUCCGUCUGCCAUUCUGAAUAUGCUUAUUAAAAUAUUUUUUUAAACAUAUUUGGCUAUGUAAUGCUGUGUGAGUGACUGUCAAUAGGUUUAUAGUUUUAGUGCACAUUGUUUACAAUGCAAAUAUAUACAUUAUUCCUUCUACUCCUAGACAUAUUACACAAAAUUGUUUCUCAGUCCUGGCCUCCUUUAGGAUGGGACAUUCUAUAGUCUUUGGACCUCUAUUCACCUUCUUUCCCUUCCUCUGGACUGUAUAAUUAAAAAGAAUGUUUCCUUCA